AGCAUCUUUGCACAGGUUGACAAGGUACCCUGAUAAUGGCUUUGGUUCUACUACUAUUUACUGCCAUUAUCUUCCGUCUCAGUAACGGACAGCACAGAUCGCCGGAUCCCCCUGGCAGAAUCGCUGUGGUUGGUGCUGGAAUUGGUGGCUCAGCUGUAACUUAUUUUCUGCAGCAGCAGUUUGGCCCUCAGGUGCAAAUUGAUGUGUAUGAGGCUGAUCGUGUUGGAGGACGGCUGGCGACAUUGACUGUGAAUAACCAGCAAUAUGAAUCAGGGAGUCCUUCUAUCCACUCAUUGAAUCUGCACAUGCAAAACUUUGUCAAGUUGCUGGGGCUUAGACAUAGACGAGAGGUAGCCGGCAAGAGUGCCAUUUUCAAUGGUGAACAGCUGGUCCUGGAGGAGACAGACUGGUACCUUCUCAACCUUUUCCGGCUCUGGUGGCACUAUGGGAUCAGUUUCUUACGACUGCAAAUGUGGGUGGAAGAAGUCAUGGAAAAAUUCAUGAGGAUAUACAAAUACCAGGCCCACGAGUAUGCUUUCUCUAGUACUGAAGAACUCCUGCGCUCUUUAGGAGGAGAACAUUUUGUCAACAUGACACAUCGUUCAGUUACAGAAUCUCUUCAGGGAAUUGGAGUGUCACAGAAAUUUAUUGAUGAUGUCAUCAGUGCAGUGAUAAGAGCGAGUUAUGGGCAAUCUGUCACCAUCCCAGCUUUUGUAGGUGCCAUGUCUUUGGCUGGUGCUCAGGGAAAUAUGUGGGCAGUGGAAGGCGGGAACAAGAUGGUCUGUUCAGGGCUGUUGAAGCUGACAAAAGCCAAUGUGAUCCAUGCGAAAGUGAUAGCUGUGUCUCUGCACAGCACAGAGAAAAGGGCUCAGUAUGAAGUUCAGUUUGAGCAAGAUGGAAGCCUUGGCUCUGAUUACUAUGACCUGGUGUUUGUGGCUGCUCCAUUACACAAGGCUGGUUACUCCAUUUCAUUUCUGAACUUCCAGCCUCCAAUACCAGAAGUCCCCGGUUCUUACCACCGUUUGGUGACCUCCAUUGUACAUGGCUACCUUAACUCUUCUUAUUUUGGCUUCCCAGAUCCAAAGCUUUUCCCUUUUUCUAGUGUCCUGUCUUCAGACAAUCCAGACUCUUUCUUCCACAGCCUAGAAAGCCUUUGUCCCACCAAUGUAUCCAUGGGCUACCGUCGAAAGCCACCACAGGAGGCUGGAGUUUGGCGAGUGCUGUCUCCACGUGCCCUGGAUAGACAUCAGUUAAAAACCCUAUUUAAGUCCUACUACUCUGUGCAGGUGAUAGAAUGGCAAGCUUUUCCCAGCUAUGGAUCCACAGGUUCUUCACGCACAUUGCCCCCCAUAGUCCUCCAUGACGGUUUGUACCAUAUUAGCGGCAUGGAGUGGGCUGCUAGUUCUGUGGAGAUGAGUGCUGUAGCUGCUAAGAAUGUUGCCUUGCUAGCCUUUAAUCGCUGGUUUGAACUAAAUGAGAAAAUAGAUCAGCCAGACUUGCUGCAUAAAUUGAAGACUGAACUUUAACAGAUUCACUUAAGUGCAGGUUCAACUGUUUCCUGUCACGAGUUGCUAACGCUGCACUGAGACAUUUAUAAUUUAACAUUGGAACAAAUACAGCAUGGACCAAAGUAUCAGCCUCUUUGCCCCUUUAUAGAAGGUAUGCAGGUUUAUGAUUUUAUGACAGAUUGUGAAAAAUGAAAAAGAUUUUUUAUUUUGAGUAAGAUGAAAAGGUUUUUGACUUAAAGGGACAUGAAACACUUUUAUCACAAAUCAGCAAUUAAGUACUGCAUUGCAAAAGGAAUGUUUUUGUACCACUUAACACUAAUUCUGUCAACCCAGAUUACAAGAUUUUGCAAAUUAAGAGCAGUAUACCACUUCCAGCCUGGAAGAACCCAUGUUCCUGAUAUCCUUUACUUCGGCUAAUUAUGGAUUGAUGUAAAUGAGCUUGUUCUCUGUUCUAACCAAUCACUGUAUAGCAUUUUACAGGAAUAAUUUGCCAUACUCAAAUAUAAUAGUCACCCCAGCCCCUAUGGAGGAUGUAGAAAUAAAACAGUAGUCGGAGGUAUUUUAUUGCAAAACCAGGCAAAAUAAAGAAUAAAUAUAUAUCACUGUGUUAUUUUAUUUCCCUUAACUAAACAUCUUACUGGGAGAUUAAAGCUAACGAAUAUGUUGGAUGAUUACUAAUAGGAAAACAUUUAGUAGUUUGGUUAUAGCGAGGGAUACAGUGAUUGCUUUUAAUUUAUUUAUACAUUCUUAUUUAUAUUCCUGAACUUUUGACCUUUUAAUGCAUUUUGACUUCCUGACUUAAUGGGAGCUGUGGUUUCUCUAUCCCCUUCAGACAGAAAACACAGCAUGGUUGUGGUUUAUAUCCACAUUGUAAACUAGUGCAAUGCAUGAAUGUUGGUGUACUCAGAACCAAUCCGAUUCCAUGUGAAAGAUUGGCCUGCAGUGGUACAUGAUUUGUGGAAACUAAAGCACAAGAUCAAAGGUAGCAAGCUCAUUUUGUUAGCAGAACUUAAAGGGACAGGAAAGCCAAAAUUAAACUUGCAGGAUUUAUAUAGAGCAUGUAAUUUUAAGACACUUUUAAAUUCACUUCUAUUUUCAAAUGUGCUUCGUUCUUUUGGUAUCCCUUGAUGAAAAAGUAUACGCACAUAUCCUACACAAGUGGGUGCUAGCUGCUGAUUGGUGACUGCACACAUUCGUCUCUUGUGAUUGGCUAAAUAGAUGUGUUCAGCUAGCUGGCAGUAGUGCAUUGCUGUUCCUUCAGCAAAGGAUAAGAAGAUAAUGAAGUAAAUUUGAUAAUAAAAAUAAAUUGGAAAGUUGUUUCAAAUUGUAUGUUCUAUUCAAAUCAUGAAUGAAAAUUUUGGAGUUUCCUGCCCCUUUAUUGUUUUACAGUAACUUAUUUGUUGAUUCCACUUAGGGACAGAUAUGGGGCAGGGUUAGUAUAAAAUGUGUGAAUAACUCAUAAAAAAAGAGUAUACUAAAUAGUACUCAAUCCCAUCUAAAUCAUGUAUAAACAAAAUAAUAAAAUUUAGCUUUUAUCAGAGUAUUCUAAAAUUCUGUGGUCAGUAAUAAACUCUUAUAUAAGCCUAAAGUUAUUCACAACAAAGCCGCAAGUUAAUAUAAAAAGCAAUCACACUGCCAUACUUUGACAUUGAAAAAAAAUAUAGGAGCAGUCUGUAACUAUGAGAGCAACUUUGUAUUUGUUGAGCUAAGUUUAUCUUGAUUGAAUACUUUAAAUGUAGCAAAUAAAUCAGGAAGAAAUAACAAACUUAAAUGAAAGGCCUCUGUGUAUCAAUAUGUUGUAACUACUUUCCCAGUAAUUUCACGCCCGUGUGUGGCUACAACUCACAGUAUUGGAGUCGAUCUGUUUACUGACUUUCUCUUGCUACUGCUGAGUACUUUAACAAUGUCCCCCCUCUCCCCCUUUGUAUAUCUUAUGGCAGAAUUAGGUUUGUAAAGCCUUCAUUAUACACUACAAAUUCUCAGAAUUAGAAAACCCACAAUUAUUAGAGAUAUAUGACUGAAAAAGGGGCAAAAUAAAUAGUGAAAAUAUAUUGCAAAGUUUGUUUUACUACUCAUAGUUAGUAAACAUUUUGUAUUACAAUCUCAAACUGUUUCAUGUCCCUAUAAAUAAUGCUGAUUUCGGUUUACUGCUGUAUCGCCCACAGUGUGCAUAUUUCUUAUGAAUGGUGCAAAUUGAGAUUGUCUUUGUAUCAAAGUACAUUUUCCCAGAUCACAAAUGUGCUAUAUAAAUGCUAAAAAAAGGAAUAGAUGCAUUAAUGUUAUUUAAACACAACUAAACUGAUCAAUGUUAUUGAGUUGGAGUUACUGUAUCUUUUAUGAACUUGUUUAUCAGAGAUGAGACUUGCUAUAAAAUGAUAGUCCAUACACAGAUUUACUUCUUAUUAUGUACUAAAGCAUUACUCAUAUUGCCUUUACAAUGUUAAGCAUUGAGUUAUUGUGGUUGUUACAAUCUUACCAGCUGUAUGUAUAGUUACUUGUCAUGUAUUGUACAGGUGCAGACUGUUUAACCCUUAAGCUGCUAAAAAUUGCAGCAAUGCACUGCUAAUGCCUUUUAACCAUCACGUGGUUAAUAUCAGCUCGUCAACUCAGACCUAUCACAAAGUUCUGUUUGAUUAAAAGCUUUUUUUUAUGUGUUUUUUUUAAGUGUUUAAAGUAAAUGUGUGGUGCAGCUGAAUCUGCCGAUGUCAUCCAAAACGUUCUAUCUAAGGUUAGUUUGUCAUAAUUUUGUUACAUUUGUGUUUACUAGCCAGCUUUCUAUAUUGUAAUAAAGAAAUGCCUAAAAUAACAGUUGCCACAAUAAAAUGUCCAUGUGUCAUUA